GCCGCCGCAGAGCGCUGCUGGGAGGCUGGGACGGCGGCUGGAGGAGGGGGAAAAAAAAGAAAAAAGGGGGAAGAAAGAAAAAAAAAAAAAAAAAAAGAAGAGAAUAAUAAUUUAAAAGAAUAUAUAAAUAGAAAAAAGGGGGGGGGAAAAAAAAAUCCUCAGCUACUUCCAAGAGUCCUGAGAGGAGCGAGCGCGGCGCGGAGGGGACCGCGGGGAGAAGGGGCAAGGCUGCGCGCUCCCGAGGCCCGAGCAGGAGGAAGAGGAGGAGGAGGAAGGAUGCUGAGCGUGGCGGCCGUGUGGCUGGUGGCCCUGUGCUUCCAGGCUGCUGUCCCGCAAACUACAAAUCUGAACCUUCCUCCUGAAGAUCUGGAUUCAUCUGGUGAUGACGAUGAUGCGUUCUCAGGUUCAGGUGCAGGUCCCCUGACUGACCAGUCUCACACCUGGAGAACCCCAGGAGAACCAACUAAUGCCACGUUACUGGCAACACCAGUGGAUCUCAACGAGCAGCCAUUUCCUGGGAUUGAGAGCCAGACUGAAAAGGAAGUAAUAACUCCUUCUGCAACUAGUCAUGUAGUGACAGAGGAGCCAGUCGUAGCUGUCAAGGACGAAGUAGCCAUCCUGGGCUUACCUGACGAGAAACCGACAGAUGACGUGGCUACAACAACCGCGAGAAGCUCAACUACUCACUUUCCGUCGGUGGUUCACGUAACGCUUUCAGAAGCCUCAGGCACAGUCCAUGAGCUCGAACCUCAAAUCCCUAGCUCUGACGUGCCAGACACUGGAGAUCUGCCUGAGCCCCACUCGACCACCCCUCAGGAGGGAGACAUCCCUGCCACCCCCACCACGACAGCUCCCAAGGACGUUGUUCCUACUCAUGAGGAGGUUUCUGAAGAUGGCUCUGGGGACCCGGGAGACUUCAUCUUGACUAAAGAUGAGGAUUUGGUCCCCACCCAGAGCUCAGAAGUGCUGGCUGACUCUGGGAGGAAUGCCAAAGCAGCAGGAGCCUCAGGAAUCAUGGACAGAAAAGAAGUUCUUGGAGGUGUUAUUGCUGGAGGACUGGUAGGCUUGGUGUUUGCAGUGUUUCUAGUUGCAUUUAUGCUGUACAGAAUGAAGAAAAAAGACGAAGGCAGCUAUUCACUGGAUGAGCCCAAACAGUCUAAUGGAGGAUACCAAAAACCACACAAACAAGAGGAAUUCUAUGCAUAAACACUGACUUUCAGGACACUUCUUAUUCCAUCUUUCUUAGACUCUUCUCUCCCUGCACGUGGACCUCCUAAUGUGCUUUGCGUUAAACUUAAGCCAUAUGAUCAUUGGGUUAUAUGUGCCCUUACCACUUUGCCAUUGGAAAUUUUAUAACUACAAAGUAGAUCUGGAUUCAUUCAACAUUCCCUGCUUUCUUGCACAACUUUUAUUUUAUUGUGUUUUCAAACAGAAGUGGGACUUGCAAGUUCCUAAACUCACUUUGGUUUAUCUAAAGACUGCUGGGGCAGGCGGUGGGGAGAAGACAAGGGAGCACUGUAUGUAUAAACCUCUUUAUUUAGGGAAAGGGCUAGCAAGAAUAAACCAUUAGCAGUGCUCCAAUUCUGUAUAGCAGGGAUCUUUCCUAUUUAACUCCUAGAUGUAUUUGAAGUGUAACAAAUGGCUGUGCUGGUCAGACGUUUGGUACACCGCAAUCCUCCAGCUCUUUCUAACUACCCUAUUUGGAGCACUUAAUGCCUAUGAAAUACCAAGCUGAGUAUGAUUUCUAGUUGAAAUGAGGUGUGAGGGCCAGGGUAAGCAAAUGACUCUGUCACGUGGUUUGAAAUAACUUAUGUUUUGGAAACAUUAUCCCAUAUUCAGAACCAGCUCCUAAGCCGUUGGUGCAUACACGUAUAAAACAAACCCCAAGGACCCCAAAACUGAUGGGCCUGUCCCACCACCCACUUGUUCCUCCUAGGCUUAGGCAAUAAAUAGGUUUGUAUUUUUUUUUUUUCUAAGCAGUCUCAUCUCAGACAUCCCCCUCUUCUUAGGUGCCAAAUCUAGGCUGGGCUGCAAAUACUCUUUAUUACCCAGGUGCCUGACUGAGGGCAGGUGGUGGCACCUACCUCUCUGUGCACACCUUGCAGUGGUUGUCCUGGAAUGUGGUCUGCUGUCUGUGCCACCCCACCCUGGGGUGGAAGGUAGAAAGCAGCCUGUCAUGACUUUGCAGCUAGGGAGCAGAGAGGUGUAGCACCUGAAACGAGCCUGAUGCAGGCAAAGUGUAGAUGGCCUUAAAUAUGGACAGCAGUUGGUGUGCUUGACUCUCUCAACUCCGGGAUGGCUCUGCAGAAGCUGUUCCUGCACUUUGGAGAGAAGCAACUCCAGGGAUGUCAGACUAGUAAGGGCUGAAAAGCACCUCCUGAGAGAAGUCUGGGUCCCUGGAGCUGUUGGUGGUCAGCGUGCUGUAUAGAUGUGAGGCACUGAGGCCUCACUGAGGGUCUGGAGGAUCUCAAACCGGGUGAGAAGGAAAAGGGUGGUGUUCUGCACAAGCCUUACUUCUGCUCUGCCUUUGGUCAGCUUCUGGUGAGGUCGGUUCCUCACCCCUCAGUGCAGAAGGUAUGGAGUGUUUAUAACUGAUGUAAAUAUUUGUACUUUUGGGCCAGAGGGAACGAUUGGAGGACAUUGCAACAGUUGGUACAAAUGUUGCCUACUCCCAGUAGAACUUAAACCUGUGUCAUUUAAAUGAAGUAUCAAACACUCCUGAGCUGCUAUGCAGCUCAAAUCGGUGCCUUCUCUGCAAAUCCAAGAAAAAGAAACACAACAAAAACCAACAAAAGCCACUUACUGAUUCCAAACUCUUCUUGAUGCACAAGGAAAACUUGUGCAUACAUGUAGCUGGCUGUUUUUAAGUAAAGCUGCAAAGUCCAUUAUGUCUUUGUUUUUUAAACUGAAUGAAUUUUUAUAGGUUAAUGCAACGACCAGAUGGUGUUAAUUUCAGCUGUAAUUCUUUGCUUUGUAUAGGAAUGUAGAAAUGUUUGAUAGGUUUAUCUAUGACAAGGUUCUUUUAAAGCACAGGAAGAUAAAAGUGGUGAACUUCAGUUGUACCUCACAACCUUGCUAGGGGGAAAGGAAAGAAACAAAACUGUAUAUUUUGGUAGUCUAAACUGACAGUUUGUGAAACAAACAUGACAUUCUGUGUUAUUUAAGUGGUACAAAUGAAAUACGAGCUCUAACAGAAGAUGCAACAUUUGGUUCUCUCUAUGCCAUGUCAAGGUAUACUGCAAUAAAUGGCAUUUUGGCAAGAA